AUAUAUACAGUACAUUAUGUCAUGGUCAUUACACUGUGGUAUGUAUAUGUGAUGGGUUACUAUAUAUUUAUAAGCUUUACUCAGCUAAAAUAUUGCAAUUUUUGAUGACGUCAACCUGCGAAUACAAGUGUUGUAACAGUUUUUGAGUGACACUAGUACUGUGACUGUUAAAUUUAACUAUCAUCUUGACUGACUCAACAUUUUGUGCUUCACUGCAGUGAUUUGCAGAAUUCCUCGCCAGGAUAUUUUUGACAAUUGAUGUUGAUAACUUCUGCAGUCUCAGUUCCACCUGGACACAUUAAAAGCUCUAGACUUUGAUUAACAGUUACAAGUUCUGUAGACCUGGGAGUGUUGACCGGCUGCAUGAACUUGGGAAGUGUUAACCAGAAUGAGUGAAACUGACCACCGACCAGUGUGAGACUGACCACGGGCAGUGUGAGACUGACCACCGACCAGUGUGAGACUGACCACAGUAACAUGAGUGUGUGGAAAAGACUCCAGCGAGUCGGGAAAUCCGCGUCCAAAUACCAGUUCACGACUUCGUACCAAGAACUAGAGGUUGAAUGUACAAAGAAAUGGCAACCCAACAAACUGUGUGUGGUAUGGACCAGGAGAAGUCGAAGAAAAUCAACACAGCCACACACCUGGGAGCCGACAAUUCAGAAUCCAUACCGAGGUGUGGUGACAUGGACAGUGCCAGAAAAUGUGGAGAUACAGGUCACAUUGUUCCGGGACCACAACCAUCCCGACUUCGAGGACAAGGAAUGGGUCUUUGCUAUUGAAGAUUACUCACGUGGAGGCAGAAGGAAGGUACUCGCUACUGCACCCAUCAACAUGAAGGACUUCGCCACACAAGUCCCCACCCAGCACACCAUGAAACUCAAACUGAAGCCCAUGACCAGGAAGAUUGUGUCCGCAUCCAUACAGUUUACACUGUCAUGUGUGUUCCUACGCGAGGGAAAGGCCACAGAUGAGGACAUGCAGAGCGUGGCGAGUAUGCUGAGUAUUGGCAGGGCUGACAUCGGUAACCUGGAGGAACUCGACGAUGAGGAUGUCGAAGAUAAAAGCUUCUCCUCAAAAAUAUCAGAAAUAACGUCAGAGUUGUCUAAACUCGACGACAUGGACGAUGGUAAUCCGUUUGACGAAGAUUAUAGUAAUCCGUUUUACCCCGACUCCAAUCCCUUUGGUGACCCUGAUCUGGAGUGUACUGGUGAUCAUGAAGCAUGGUUUGAACCAGUCAAGAAAAAGUCUGUGAAGAAGGAGAGUUUAAAUCCGUUUGAGGAUAGCGGCAGUUCUGAGGGGGUGGACAGUAAGGCCGGCAGUACAGAAGGAGUGGAAAACAGUAGUAGUAGUAAAAUAGGCAGCAGCACUGCUCCCAGUAAAUCCAGUAGCUUAGAUUAUAAUCCGUUUGACGACCCUACCCCUCCCGAUCGAGUUCUCUGCAUGUCUAGUCCACUCUCUGAGAGGCUUGUUAGCGAUGCCCAGAAGCACAGCCAACAGAACACGCCUCAGAAGUUCAACACGCUGCCAUCAAAAUCCAAACAGCGGGCACCUGCUCCACCUGUCCCUCACAACGGUGACUCCUCCCCCAAACACAAGGCGCAACCUAAGCUGAAGACUUCAAGGUCAGAACACUCGGCCAUUGAGAGGCCAAUUUACGAGGGCACACCCCCAUCCACGCCGGAGACAAAAAAGAAACUCCUGAGACCUAUAACCCCUCCCCCCGAUGCCCAGCUGGAUUCCAUGGAGACCUCCACAGAUUUCUCCUCCACAGCAUCCAGCCCUAGUAAAAGGUUGUCUUCUGAAUGCUCCCCUGUUAAAGGUGACAGCAGAAAUGUGCUGGAGGCCUUGGACCUCAAUCAGAAUGAGUCUCCUACACACAACAGUAACAGUUCCAGCCAAAACCUACUUGACUGGUGCAAAGAGGUCACCAAAGGUUACAAAGGGGUCAAGGUCACUAACCUGACAACGUCGUGGAGGAACGGCAUGGCUUUCUGUGCAAUAGUGCAUCAUUUCAGAUCUGAUCUCGUAAACUUUAAGUCCCUGGCUUCACACGACAUCAAAGGAAACAAUAAAAUUGCCUUUGAUGCUACAGCCAAGCUUGGAAUUCCGCGGGUGAUAGAACCGUCGGACAUGGUCCUGCUCCAGGUCCCUGACAAGCUUGCUGUGAUGACAUACCUCCACCAGCUGCGUGUCUAUUUCACGGGUCAAACACUUGAGAUCCAACAAAUUGGUGUCAACACCAGAGAGAGUACGUACACUCUGGGCGAAAUGGACCUUCAAGUUGAGGCUGAGAUCUCGAACGAGAUGUAUGGUGACCGAGCACGGCCAAAGGUUGCUAAGCAACAUUCGCCCAGCAAGGAAAAUAUUCCUGUCAGAGAGGAGAUGGACUGUAGAGGAGACGCAGUAGAUGGGGGUAGGCGGAGGAGAAUUAGUAAAGAGAAAACUCCAGAGAUUGAUUCUAGUGUUUCUGAACUAAAACACAGUAGAGAUAGCACCCCGGGUGCCGAUUCCCACAGUGACACAGACAAAAGUGUUAACAAAGUUGAACGUAAAAAAAUCUCUACAGCAGAUUUAAAAGUGACUAAACACAGUUCUCCCCCUAAGGAACAUAAUUCUCCUGCAUCUUCUAAAGAUGAUUCCUCCGCAAUCAAGAAACCAGUGAUGACGCGGAAACAAUUGUAUAAUCCGUUUGAUUCUGACUCGGAUGACGAUGAGGAUAUGAGCAGUGAAGGACUUGAUGCUGGGUCCCAGGCCGGGUCCUCCAUACCCAGUACCUCCACUAGUCCCUCAGUGAGUGCCCACUCCUCCCGAGGUGGCACACCAGCCGAGGUACAUAAAAGUAUUACUGACAAGCCAGUGGCUACCAGUACUCCUGAUAAGCCAACGAAUCGUAAAUCUCGCCAUGAGGAGCUGAAGGAGAGAGCGAAGCUGCUGCUGGAACAGGCACGGAAAGAUGCUGGUCUUGACUCGCCCGUACGACCUGUUCCAAAGUCCCCAGUGAAGGAAACGCCAAAGGAGGCUCCCAGAUCUCCCGAAAAAGAGUCAACAAGUUCCGCUCCCUCACCUUCUAGUCCAACACAGAGUAAUGAGGAGAAACAGAAGCGAUUACGAGAGCGAGCGAAGUUGUUGAUAGAAGAAGCUCGGGCCAGCCUUGACCAAACAAAAUCCAUAGAACGACAAUCUAGUACAGCCUCCGAGGGGUCACUGGACACAGACAAAGAGUCAGUUAUAAGGAAGCCUAGGCCUAAAGCCAAGCGAAUUACAUCCUCACAACUAUUUGUGAUGAAAAGUGUGACUUUUGAUGCAACAAACCGAGAGCUUCCAAAGAAACUGGACCUCAAACUGAAGAAGUUCAGUGUGAAGAGGACUGACCUGGUCUCACAGUUGUCUCAGGACAAAACGCCCUCCCCACAACAGGAGGAUGUGAAACCUAUCAAUGGGAGAAAGGUCAUCACACCCAUAUCGCCUCUCUCCUUCAGUGGAGAAAUUUCCGUCGAUGGGAGUGAAGGAUCAGGAGAUAUGCGGGACUCGCUGGACUUUGACGAGAUGCUGAGUAAACGGAAUGAAGUUGAAGCUGACGGUGAAGUUUAUCUGAACUUACAGGACACAAAUCAGUACGUUCACAGUGAGAUGGAGGCUCUCGAGAGGGAACAAAAUCAGAUUGAUGACGAAGCGCAGGGUCUAGAGAGCCAGCUCAGGGUUGUCAUGGCCAAAGGUAAAAAUAAGGCGUUGGAGGAGAAGUUGAUGCAGGAGUGGUUUUUACUUGUAAACAAACGUAACGCCCUCAUUCGUCGACAGAUGCAGCUAAAUAUCUUAGAAAAAGAGGAUGAUUUGGAACGAAGGUUCGAGCUGUUAAAUCGGGAACUACGUGCUAUGAUGGCCAUUGAAGAUUGGCAGAAGACGCAGGCUCAGAAACACAGGGAGAAAUUACUGCUCGAGGAACUGGUCGCCAUCGUCAACAAACGGGAUGAACUCGUCCAGCAUCUUGACACCCAGGAACGAGCGAUUGAGGAUGAGGAGAAGUUGGACCAGGUGGUGUCCGAGGGAAAAUUUCUGCACCAACAGGAUAAGCAGUGCUGUGUCCAGUAGAAAGGAACCACCUUAACAAGCCUUGCUGUGUCCAGUAAACUAGCACCAUCCUGACAAGAUGUGGGAUUAUUCCAGACUUUAGAUUGUGGAGCCAUCCGAAUGUGGAAUUUCCUUUACAGGCUGGAAUUACUUCUAAUGUGGCACCCAUAAACAGGAAAGGAGGCAAAGUGUGGCCCCACCUUCAUAUAGGAAGGAAGGCAAAGUGUGGCCCCACCUUAAUAGAAAGGAAGGCAAAAUGUGGCACAACCUUAAAAGAAAGGAAGGCGGUGCUGAUCAUGAAUGUGGCACCAUAUAUAUGAAGAGGCAGUUGAUUAAAGUUAAUCAGAAAUGUGGGGCUACAACAGAGGUGGAUAGAUCAGUUUAACAGGAAGUUGGGCUAUGGAAAAUUCAGAAUGUGGAACCUCCUCAACAGGAAGUUGGGCUAUGGUAAAUUCAGAAUGUGAAAUCUCCUGAACAGGAAGUUGGGCUACAUUAAAUUCAGAAGUGGGAAAAUGCUGUCUCAGAAUGUGGCACCAUCUAAACAGGAAGUUGGGCUGUGCGUAAUUGAGAAUGUGCAACCGCCUCAACAGGAAGCACAAGGACGAUACUCUAUCAGAAUGUGGCACCACCCGAACAGGAAGUUGGGCUAUGCUUGAUUUUAGUAUGUGACAACUUACUUGGAAGCAGUGUUAACAAGUGGACUAAUGCCGAAAACAGGAAUUUAAAGACAGAAAUGUGGAAAAUGUAAAAGGAUAGAAACAAUAAAUCAAAAAUAGGAGGGAAAUGUGGCAAAGAGAUGUGGAUAAGAGCCAUUGCUGAAGCUGUACAGGAUACAGGACAUAAAAUCACACAAAAUCCCAAUUGGACAUUUCCAUCAUGCUGUUGGUUCUGUAUACAUACUUUCAAAAUAACUGUAUCCUCUGUCAUGAUACAGCAAAAAAAAAAAGCAAAUAUAUACUACAAAUAAAAAAAAAAAAUCUUACAAAUACUGUCGGGGUAAAACAAAUAAGAGACAUCAACGGUUUAAGUUGGGAUAUAAAAGUAAAAGUUGGUUUAGCCUGAAAUGUUCAGUGCAUCUGUGGCUAAAACCAUUAAAUUAUAAUUUGUUCAAGAAAAAUAGCAUUAAAAACUACAUGAAGAAUGAGUGAAAAAUGUCCAAUGGUAACUUUAAUGAAGGUAACUAGAAAAUAAUGUGCCCUCAGUAUUCUGUGUUGUGAUCCCUAUUUUUUCAGUUAAUCCAUGUGCUUAUCUCCCCUUAAUUGUCUCCCCUGGCAAGUAGUCCGCAUGAUGACAUUUGAACUAUUUAUGAGGCAAAUGUCAAAAAAAGGCUAAAAUUAAGGUAAUGUUUCAGAAAUUAAUUUUAAAAAAUGUCUGAAGGACAAAGCAAAAUAUAUUUUUGGAGCUAGAUGAUAUCAGAACACUCUUGAAUUAAUUUUCAAUCAGAAGCACAGAUAUUGAAGACUUUAAUUCUGUGACGAUCGAUGAACUACACAAGUACAGCCUUGUGUGAUUGAUUAUUUAACUUUUAAACCACUGGAAAACAAAACUCUGACAUUCUGUCUAUAAGACCAGGUCUAUUCUGUUCACUUGACUCAUGAUCAUUCACCCCUGGAGUUUCAUAAUGAACUAUUCUAACCUUUGAAAUGGAAGGGUUCAAAUGUGUCUUUUCAGGGGUAAAUGAGUUAAUGAGUAAAAAAAAUUAUUAUAACAUUAUAAAGUUAUUUGGUUUCUUUUUCUCUUGCUGUGCCAACCCUGCCUGAAGUUUUAAAAUAAAUUUUGAGCAGGUAAAGCAGAGUUUUUUGGUGGUUUUUUUUUACCUUUUCUGGAGUUACUAAG